GAUAUUUCCGUUUUGAUUGCCGUGGCUGCAGUUGUACCAUCAGUGCUAUUUUUGCUUUAUAAAAUAAUUGGAUCUCAGAAGAAGAAAGAUCCAUUGACCUUAGAGGAUCCAAAUAUCAAAUAUCCAUUGUCUUUGAUAGAGAAAGAGGAUAUCAGCCAUGAUACCAGGAGAUUCCGAUUUGCGCUACCAUCGCCAAAACAUAUAUUGGGCUUGCCUAUAGGCCAACAUGUAUACCUCUCUGCCAAAGUUGGUGGUAACCUUGUGAUUCGGGCUUAUACUCCAGUUUCUAGUGAUGAAGUAAAAGGAUAUGUUGAUUUAGUAAUAAAGGUUUACCACAAAAAUGUUCACCCCAAAUUUCCUGAAGGUGGGAAGAUGUCCCAGCACUUAGACGCCAUGAAGACUGGUGACACCAUUGAUUUCAGAGGACCUAAUGGGCUUCUGGUCUACAAAGGAUCCGGUAAAUUUGCUAUCAAAUUGGAUAAAAAGUCUGAAGCAAAGACAAAGUUUGUUAAGCACCUUGGGAUGAUUGCUGGGGGAACAGGAAUUACUCCAAUGCUUCAGCUGAUCCGCCAUAUCACAAAGGACCCUACCGAUAAAACAAAAUGUUAUCUCCUUUUUGCUAAUCAGGUUGGUUGACUUAUAUUUAUUUGC